AUGGAGCGAGCCGGGCAGGAAACAGCCCGUAAGGCAGAACGUGAGCUGUCUGAACGGACAAAGGAGAUCGAGACCCUCCGCGACGAGAUGACCAAGCUUCAGAGACAGGUACAGAACAAGACCUCGGAACUAUCUGCCGCAGACGUUCAGGUGCAGGCCCUGGAGAGAGACCUCCAGGGCGAGAAGGAGAAGAACAAGUCCAUGGCUCACUUCCGAACCAAGUAUAACGUUGAAGAGGGCCGGCACAAGAGUGAGAUUGACCAGUUGAACGCCGAGCAUCAAAAGGAGAUCCAGCGACUCAAGGCCGAACAAGACAAGGCUGUCGAAGCUCUCGAGGCCAAGCACGCCCGGGAGAUCAAGGGGCUGGAGGGUGCUGUUCACGGCCACCAGCAGCGUUCAGACCGUCGCAGCCUGCCACUUCUCACGCCAUCCACCACAGGGGCGGCAUCCUUCUACCGGCCACAGGCCACAGAGCCUUCCGAGUGGCAACAGCUGCUGGACCUAGAGUCCACACAGGACGACGAGGGACACGGUUUCCUCAGGUCCAUAGAACCGAGUAUCGCGUACGAGGACUCAGAGGUCGGGAACUUCUCCCUCAAAGACCUCCUCCCACACGUGGUCAAGAUGGCCCAAGCCCCAACGUAUAGAGAACGGUUUGAGACUUACCCCGAGAGUGGGGAGCCGGGCUGGUUCUGCUUUGUCCUUGUACGCCUGCAGGAGGGCAUUGGGCCUAGGAGUAUUGAGUUUCGAAGUUUCGAAGUAGAAUAG